CGUGGGCUGGACCUAUAACCCAAUACCUGAUUGAAAAAGGAGACGUCACAAAGAGGGUCUGCUCGCAAGCCAAGAGCCAGAAACUGCUCUAGCGACCCCGUUAGAUUCCUUUCCUUUUCUUUCUUCCCUUUCUCGUUCAUUCUUUAUUUCUUCUUCUUUUUUUUUUGUAAAACAAAUUUCGUCCGGCACACUUAUUCUUUGGCACACUAUUCUGGAUAUCUCAUAGGAUCGUCUCUGCUUUGCUUUCGGGGAUCUGAUUAUUUGUGAGUUUGUUGAAACGUGAUCAGGAGCGACAGUGAAAAUAUUAGGUUGGGCAUUCGAAAAUAUCAUGAAGCAAUGGGACUAGUUUGAUGAAAGCGACGUGCUGUGGGGGUGGAGUGAUAAUGAACUCUCUCUGAAAGGAAUACGACCGUUGAAAGAAUCACAACUUGCACUUUACACCCUAAGAGUAAAAAAAGAUUUUAAAAAUCUUUAUUUUACUUAUUGACAGCGAGGAAAUGCAAAAUACUGAGAGAUAGAAAACUAAAGAUUUGAGAAAAUAUAAGGUUUGUUGUUUGUUCUUUUCUUAGGACAGAACGUCACAGUAUCACCAAUGACAUGAAGGAACAAGGAAUUCUAGAUGUGAUAUGAACUUAUGGAAGUGAACAUCUAUAAAACAACGAAAAAACAACAACAGAUAAGCACAAAUAAAAUAGUCGUGAAGUGUUUAAUGAGUCAGGACAGUCUUUCAUUAAAAAUUGUUUUAACUGGCCUUUGCCAUGGAGGUAAAGUGACAAGUUCUAAAGACUCUUAAGUUGCCUGAGGAUGGCCCCAGAGAGUUGAUCUGUAAGGCAGUGUAGUGAAGCAAUAGCCAUUAUGUCUCCUUUGAGUUGCUUUGUAGUCAUUUUACUGUGCUGGCACCGCCAAGCAGGCGUUGAAGGCAACAGCACCCCGUCAAUCAGAAUCAGCCCCAGCAGUGUGAACGUGAAUGAGGACCACGCCAUCAACACACAGUUCACGGGACCCUGUGCCUUCAGUGACAGCGAUGACCCAAGCACUGCGGACGGCACAGUCUACAUCAACUUUGGCGCUGGUAACUUCGAGCGUCGUUUCGCCGUGGCGGGUUCCACGUGCGAGUUUCUCCUUGUCCAGCCACUGGACUAUGACCUGGGCACUCGGACCUACAGGCUCUCUGUCCAGGCCAGAGAUCUUGGCGGGAAAAGACAGACGCGUCGUCUGACGGUCAGGGUGAGAGAUGUCAACGACAACGCGCCGACAUGCAACCCCUACACCAUCCUAGGUUCACUCACCGAAGAGGCAGUUGUGGGGACGCAGAUCGCAAGCUUUACCUGCUCAGAUAUAGAUACUGGGUCGGGUGGCGACGUCUUCUACCAAGUGGUUUCAGGUGACACCGAUGUGAUUGAAGUGGACAGCACCAAUGGUCAAGCCACGUUGAAGAGGAAGCUGGACUUUGACACAGAAGCUCACACGUACCGAGUCGAGGUCCGAGUGUUUGACGGCGGCUCGCCUGUGUUCUCCAGCAUGGCACAGGUUCUACUGGACCUGACGGAUGUAGAUGACAACCGACCUGUUUUCGAAAAAUCAUCCUACUCUGAAACGGUCAACGAAGAUGCCCCAGUGGGCUUUACCAUAGUUCGACUAAACACCACGGAUGCUGACCAGCCAGGCACGGACAAUUCAAGGGUCAUCUACGGAUUUGAAACCAGCCCGAAUCCUGAUUGGCUCAUGAUAGAUCAGAGAACAGGGGACCUGCUGGUGAAGACGGCCCUGGACUUCGAGACGAGCACCAGCAUCAGCUGUCAGGUAUACGCCUUCUCCUCGGACAAGUCCUCGGACAAAGCUGUGGUCAACGUGGUGGUCACUGUGCUGGACGUCAACGACAGAGUUCCCGCCUUCACACAGACAUAUUACCACUCGACGGUACCAGAGGAUGCCUCGACUGGAACCCUGGUCAUCACGGUCAGCGCCAAUGACCCUGACUCUGGAGCAGAUGGACAGGUCACCUACUUCAUGUCCGGGCCCACGUUUGAGAUCGUUGACCCCAACAUCGGGGCAGUGACGGUGAAAGAGGCGCUGGACUUUGAGAACACGACGUCCUACCUGGUGGAGGUGGUGGCCACAGAUGGAGGGCUUGUGCCUCAGUCUAGCACAGUGCUGCUGCAGAUCUCCAUCACUCCCGUCAACGAGUUUGAUCCUGUCUUUGAAGGAACCUUUGCGUUUGACGUCUUGGAGAAUUCUAUACCAGGCACGUCUGUCCACGAGGCCCAGGUUUCUGACCAGGACAGCGGGGUGGACGGGGAGAUCCUGUACACAGUCGUCACACCAGGUGUACCCUUCUCGGUGGACAGUGAGACUGGCAUCAUCCGAGUUGCAUUUGAUUUGGACUUUGAGACAGAGGAUUCUUACACCUUCGUGAUUCAGGCCACAGACAAGUCGGGCACUGUACCCCGAACUGCCACCGCAACAUACGUAGGUACCGUGUUAGGCGUGGAUGACGUGCCCAUCACGUGUGACCGCGUGACAACCACCGUGAUCUCAGAUGCCACGUCAAUCGGUUACGUGGUCGCUCGCCUCACAUGUUCUGACCCCGAUGAUCCCAUGGGCACGUUCACGUACGCACUCACAGCAGAUCCAGACGAUGGAACGUUCUCAAUGAACAAUGCUGACGUGGUUCUGUCUGAGGUUCCGGAGAGCACCACGUACUCUCUAUCCAUCCUCGUCACCGACGGCAUCGACUCCACCAAUGUCACGUUCACAGUUCUCACAGAAGAGUUCCUCCAACUGCUCAACCUCCCAGAUACCAUCAACGUCACGGAGGGCGACACGGGCCCAGUCCCCUACUCCUUCUCCCUCACACGAACCUUUCCCAUCGCCAAAGUAGAGAUCACUGCCGGGAAUGAUGAUCUGAAUGCUGUAGUAUUCGGUACUUCUGGUGACCUGAUCAUUGCGCUGCCAUAUGAUAGGGAGGCUCAGGAGACCCACACAUACACUGUUCGGGCCUCUACCAGUUCAAACCAGGUCGCGGCGGGAACUCUCACCGUUAACGUGGGUGACAUCAAUGACAACGCACCGACGUUCGGCUCAAGCCUCUUUGUGGUCAAUAUGAUAGAGAAUUUACCGCAGGGGUCAGACAUUGCGACGUUUUCGGCAACAGAUGCGGACAUAGGGGAGUUUGGGACAGUCACGCACUCAAUAAUUUCUGGAGACCCUUCCAACUACUUCACCAUCGAUUCAGUAUCCGGAGAACUUUCACUCAGCGCGACCAGCGCCAUUGACUACGAGACGACAACGCUGUACACUCUGGUGCUGCGUGCAGUGGAUGGAGGACCAACGCCCAAGACUGGAUCCACUACUGUGGUCAUCAACGUGCAGAACUUUGACGACGUUCUCGCUAUCGUUGCCCUGGUCCCUGGUAUCUCGACCUUGACUUUGCCAGAAGACAACGCUCUGGGGAUCACGGUGGUGCAGAUCCAGGCCACGGAUGCAGACGCCAAUACCGUGUUUUCCUAUUCUAUUGACUCCGGAAACACAGACGGCGACUUUGCCGUUGAUCCGGUCUCGGGAAUUGUCAGACAAGUCAAACUUCUCGACCGUGAACGGACGGCCUCCUACACAUUGGUCUUGAAAGCCACUGACCAGAACAGCGUCUCCUCAUCAGCCUCGCUGAUCAUCACAGUAACGGACAUCAAUGACAACGAUCCCGCCUUCUCCCAGCAUGUCUAUGAGUUCAACGUCGAUCACAACACGGGGGCGGGGGUCAGUAUUGGAAAUCUCAGCGUAGUGGACGCAGACGACGGUGUAAACGCCGAGACUGAUGUGGUCAUUGAAGAUGCGGGAGUCACUGGUAUCUUCUCCCUGAGCGGUCUCCAAGUCUUGACUGACACGGACAUGGACUAUGAUCUGAAGAGAACGUAUAGCUUUCAGGUCAAGGUAACAGACAGAGGUACCACCAGCAGGUCCGGCACAGCUAGAGUGGUUGUGAACGUUCUCCCAGCCUCAGAGCCCAAGUUUGACCCUGUCCUGGACACAGUCAUCAUCGAGGAAGGGACGUUGGCGGGAUUUCAAGUAUAUGACCUGAACGCAACUGUCCUCGGCAACUCAGAGACUGACGGAACGAUGCAGUACGUCAUUUCCUCGGCAACCCCAGUCGGGGGGUUCACUGUACGCUCAGACAGUGGUCAAGUUGUGAGUCUGGUCACUAUGGAUUACGAGACUAGUUCAAGCUACGUUCUCAAUAUUGUAGCAUGUAUUAUCCUUGAUUGCAUUAGCAAAAAAGCCGAGUUCACACUAACUAUUACCCUGACAGAUAUCAACGACAACACUCCGUAUUUUGCCCAAGGUUCCUACUCCAUUCAAGCCGAAGAAACUGCAACUGGCAACACGGUGAUAGACACGAUCACAGCCAUCGAUGAAGACAUCUCCAGCCCUUUUAAUGUCCUCACCUACACACUCACGGGAACCUCGGCUGAUUUUGAGCUAGUGGACUCGACUUCUGGAGCGAUCAAAGUAGCCAACAGUCUCAACUUCCAGAGUCAGAGCGAGUACAGCUAUCUCCUGAGCGUCUCCGACGGGGGAAUCCCGGCCAAGUCGGCGCAAGUCUCCGUCGUCAUACAGGUGCAGGACUCCAACACCAACGACCCGAUGUUCACCACGGGCAGCACGACCACCGUCCCGGACUCUUCCCCUGUGGGCUCCGAGGUGUUCCACUUCCACGCCACUGACGCCGACACGGGCCCGGCGGGGGAACUCUCCUACGGCAUCAUCGCCGACUCCAGCGGCGGCGUCUUCAGCCUUGACCCGAGCACCGGCAUACUGACCACUGGCCAGCUCCUUGACGCGGCUGUAGUGCCCAGCUACACGUUAACAAUCCAGGUGGAGGACCGAGGGACGCCCAUCCGCAGCGCCCAGUCUACGCUGACCAUCACGGUGGAGUCCACAGUGCCCAACAACAAUGACCCGGUCUUCAGCCCAACGGUCAUCAACGUAGGACUGGCACGUGACGCAACAUUCGGUACUCUGGUCACCACGGCUUUGGCCAGCGAUGCGGAUAACGGCAACAGUGGUGAGCUACGACACAAGAUCCAAGCAGGCAACAGCGACGGUUACUUCGCCAUCGACUCCCAGACUGGUCAGAUCACCACCGUGACCAGCGUGUUGCUAGCUAAUGACGCGUACACGCUGACCGUGGUUGCCAAGGACAACGGGGUGCCUCAGAGGUCAGCCACAGCGACGGUCAGUGUGGCCAUCAGCCCGCCUAAGACCACGUUGACCACAGUGGACUACAGCUGGACAGUGAUGGAGAACGAGGCUGCGAACAUGGAGGUGGGCAGGAUUGACGUGGACACAGGCCGGACUGUGACGGGAACUUACACCAUAGAACUGGGAAACUUUGCAAACACCUUCAAGAUAUCUCUCAACGCCGGAGACAGUAGGGGAAUACUAAAGGUCAACGUUCCCCCGGACUACGAGACCAAGCCGUUAUUUUCCCUCCUGGUCAAGGUCGGCACAGAUAUCGGGGACGUGUACAAAGUUGUACAGGUUCAGGUGGUUGACACAAACGACGAGCCUCCUGUGUUUGCUCAAAACUCGUACACUUUGACCCUAGCUGAAAACACGCCGGCCGGGAGCACAGUGGAGACCAUUUCCUACACAGACGCAGACACUGACAGCGCCAACAGAGACAAUAUCCUGGAAGUGAAAGCGCCUGGCUCCUCGCUGUUUACCAUUGACCAGUUGGGUCAUCUUACCUUACUGACGUCACCAGAUUUCGAGUCUCUUUCCACGCCAAUCACAUUUGACGUGACUGCUCGCGAGAACAAGUCUCCUGCCGUCACGGCCACAACUGUCGUCACCGUCAACGUCAUAGAUAUCCUGGAGGAAGAGACUGUUCCUACAUCUGACGUCACGGAUGACGCUCUCAUCUCCCUAGAACUUCCGUAUCAAUCGUCUAACGGUCACGUGCUGCAUACACUUGAGCCGGGGGAUUUUGGUGUGGCUGCGUCAAUAUCAGCCACCUAUGAGUACCUCAGCUUCCCUGCUAGUGACCCUUUCAAUAUCGAUUCAAGUUCUGGUUCUAUAAGUGUGACGGAUUCGAGUCUGUUGUCAGAAUCCACCAAAUACAUUCGCUGGGUGGUCUGCAGAUCCACUGACGGAGGAGUAUCGACUUCCAAAGUUUCACUGUUAAGAAUCGAUACAUUCGACAAGGACACUCAAAUGAUUGUAAUUGAGUUUUCAGAAACUCUUGCAAAUGUCCGAGCGGAGCUAAACGGCUUCAAGUCUCGGGCACAGUUAUUCUUCACCGACACCCAGAGACUGGACUUCGCUCAAACGUUUGAUACAAAUACAGGCGGCAGCAGACGACGUCUUCUAGCUUCACAAUCUGUUGCCUAUGCUUAUGCUGUGGCAGACACCAGUGCCGAUGACAUCGCAAACAUCAACCAGAACAAGACGUUCUUGACGGAAGCACAACUUUUGGCGGCUCUCCAGCAAUCCCCAGACGGUAGCCCAAUGCCAGGUCUCUCGGAUCCUUCUGGUCUGCCGGUGACCACUGUCCAGCAGUUCGGCGAGGCCGGGGAGACAGAGUCCUUGUGGAAGACGCCGGGAGGCAUCGCCAUCAUCUGUCUCAUCAUCCUCUUCAUCGUCAUCCUGGUUGUGAUUGUCAUUGCGUGUCUGGUCGUUGGUAAAAGGGAGGCCAGCAAAGGGGACGUCAAAAGUCUGCCUUCAGACGUAGACAGUACUACCACUACAACAUCAUCCCGACUGUCCACCAAAUCGUUUCCACGGAUCCACCCUGAGCUGCGUGAGUCCGCAGUCCUCGACACCAGAUAGAUCUAAGGAAAGAAAAGAAUGAUGCACUUUCAUCCUUGGAUUAUAUUAUUUUUAUACUGUGGAAAAUGUUAUGUUCUUGUUGUCUUUUACACCCCAUUCACAUCUGGCUACUCAGAAGUGCAUUCUCCACUUUGUAGGGCUCCCGAACGUUCUGAAAAAAAGAGAAGGAAAAAGGUCCUCUCUGCUUUUUUUUAAAAAGCUGUUGCUGUUUGACAGGUUGAUUAAAUUUGUUUUGAAAGUA